AUGCUGACCAGCCGGCCCGUGUCGGACGGCUACAGUUUCCGGCUGGACGCUGACUCGUCCAGCACCUACUCGGACUCGAGCAGCUCCGUCUACAAGCAGCGGAUCGACUCCCUGUUCCGACCGGCCGCCGCCGCCGCAGCAGCCGCCGCCACCACCAGCUCCUCACACAGCGAUUACGAGCCCGUGGAGGCGGCCGUCGGCCGGCCCAGCCACGGCACAGAGUUCGCAGUGGAAUACCUGGGCGCCGUGCAGGUGGCCGACAACGCCACGCGUCUGGAGCAGCUGCAGCAGCCGCUGAAGCGUCUGUACGUGCCGCGGCUGCGGCGGAGGCGCGCCGCGCAGCUCUCUGACUCGCUGUCCAUCAGCGACACCGGGCUGCGGGUCCGCUACGGGCGCGACCAGGAGCUGCUCAACCCCUUCACCACAGUGGCCGUGUGGGCAGCCGUCAAGUUCGUGGCCAGUCGCGGCGGCGGCGGCGGCCGGCUGCGGUUCGGCUUCCUGCCACUCAUCUGCGACCCGGAGAGUCCCGAGCGCGGCCGGCUGCUCGAUGAUGACGAGGGCAGCCUGCCGGCGGACGCGCCGGCAGCGCGCCACCCGCCGCUGCUCGCCUGCGUGAUGCGCCGGCCCGGCACGCUGGGCGCCCUCGAGUGCCACGGGUUCGUGUGCGCCGCCGCCGAGGACGCCAUCGUGAUCGCCGCCAACCUGUACCAGGCGCUGCUGAUGCGGAUGCAGCCGGAGGCGGGCAGCGGCGGCCGCCGGCAGCCGCGGCCCGCCGACGCGCCCAUCCUGGACGCAGUGCGCCGCUCCGACCGCCGGUCAAACAGAGGGGCCUCGCUAGGGGAGCAGAUAGACCCGGAGCGUCCCCACAGCUCCAGCAGGAGCCGCAGCCGGGACCACAGCCGAGACCACAGCCGGGAGAGCGGUCUCAGCCGGGACCAGAGCCGGGACCACAGCCGGGACCAGAGCCGAGAGAGCGGUCUCAGCCGCGACAGUAGCCGAGAUAGUCUGCGGCGGCACGGUGAGCUGAGCCGGGACAGGAGUCGGGAGAGCGUGCGACGACGCGAGUUCCAGAGGAGCAGCAGUCGGGAGAGCGUACGAAGGAAAGAGUUUCAGAGGAGCAGCAGCAGGGACAGUGUACGGAGGAAGGAGUUUCAGAGGAGCAGCAGCAGAGAAAGCAUGCGCAGACGCGAAGAGCUGAGUCCCGACAACAGCCGAGAGAGCAUGCACCCGAAACAGUUCUACCGGGGCAGCAGCAGCAGGGGGAGCUCGCGCGGCCGAGGGUUCGAGCGGGACCCGAGUAGGGAGAGUGUCCGCAGCCGGGCGCGGGACGCAGCGCCCAGUGACGGCUCGCUGCGCCGGCGGACGGGCAGCGUGGUGAGCUCGUCGGCCGACCGGCGACCGCCGCCGGCGGCGCCCGACCCGGCCGUGGACCUGGGACAGCUGCUGGCGCACCUACAACAGCGCGACGGCAUCCGCACCGUGGAUGACGUGCUGCGCCGGGUGAUCGCGCCCGGCGGCAUGUCGUUCAGCGAGCUGCGGCCCGAGCACCGCGAGCUACUCCUCCGGCUGGCGCUCACACUCAGCAAGGACGAGAUGUACCAGCGCAGCAAGAGCAUCAUGAAGAAGCAGACGCGCAAGGGGGCGCUCUUCAGCAGCGAGAGCGAGACCAGCACGUCCGACGGCAGCAGCACCAUCAGCAACGUGCUCAAGGCCACCAAAAAGUCGCUGUCGCGGUUCGGCUGGCGGACGGGCGGCUUCCAGUCCCCGUCAGCCUACCUCAAACAGCACACGCCGUUCGGAAAGCUCUACAACGCCCGCGGAAACGCCAAGCAAAAGGAGACCGCCGCCAAGAGUCUGGCCGACGAGUUCCCUGCCAAGAUAUCUGGCUCGGUGUCGGCCGACAGCGAGCCGGCCCCCGACCGGUCGCGGCGGAGGACGCAGCGCCGCUCCCCGGCCCGCUGCGGCUGUGAUCGGGACGCGGACCGCUUCGACUCCCCGCGCGGCGGGGGCGAGCGCCGGCCGUCUCGCUCGCUGAUCGAGCUGCCGCUGACCUGUGACGCUGACAGCUGCUCGGGCAGCGACCGCUGCUACUGCUCGCUGCAGCGCGGCGCCUCGGCCGACGAGGCCGACAGGGAGCGGGCGGAGCGGCGCCGCAGCGCGGCCGACCUGCUAUCGGAGCGGGCCCCCGGCAGCACAGACACCGGCAUCGGCUCGGCGGCCGAUGACGGAGGCGGCGGCGGCGGCCGGUUUCUGGUGGUCUCGGCGGCCGACGAGGCGGGCCGGGUGUUCCACCGCGGCGGCUCGCAGCGCCGGCGAGAGCAGGACGUGCUCACGCUGAAGAAGAGUACCGAGAUUGCGGCUACUUUCUCCGGACUGCGGCUGACGGCACACCGGGGAGGGCGACUGGGCGAGCAGAACCUCAGGGUGACAGGCGGCGGCCGAGUCCGGUCACAGCAGUCGGCAGGCGGGGUAGACUGA